GUGCAGCAGGAUGCAGGGUGGACUGUCUGUGUGUGGACUGAAGCCCCUGCUGGCCCUCCUUCUGCUUCAAACUCUGUGCUGUGAUGUAACCAAGGCAGACAAUGUGGUGAAUAUGAGGAAAGUGACCCAUCAGACCAUUAGUGAGGAACUGUCCGAAACCGUUCUCCUCCCCUGCCUCUUUACCCUCCGCCCCGGUGCCAGUUCAUCCCAAGAACCCCCCAGGAUCAAGUGGACCAAGGUUUGGGGCCAGAGAGGCUCUGAUGGCCUGCAGAAGGAACAGUCUGUCCUGGUGGCUAAAGACAAUGUAGUCAAGGUGAAGAAGUCCUUCCAGGGUCGUGUAACUCUGCCUGGUUACAAUGAGAACCGUUACAACGCCAGUCUUGCUCUAUCAGGACUUCGCUCCAGUGACGCUGGUCUGUACCGCUGUGAGGUCGUGGUGGGCAUCAAUGAUGAGCAGGACACGGUUCCCCUGGAGGUCACAGGUGUGGUGUUUCACUACAGAGCCCCUCAUGACCGCUAUGCCCUGUCCUUCACUGACGCUAAGAGGGUUUGUGUGGAGAACUCAGCAGUCAUCGCAACUCCAGGCCAGCUGCAGGCUGCCUUUGCUGAUGGAUAUGACAACUGUGAUGCUGGCUGGCUGUCUGACCAGACUGUACGGUAUCCCAUCCAGUCACCUCGGCCUGGCUGCUACGGGGAUCAAGAGGCUUUGCCUGGAGUCCGUAACUACGGCCUUCGGUCCACUGAUGAGCUAUUUGAUGUCUACUGCUUUGCUAAGCAGCUUCAAGGUGACGUCUUCCGCUCUGCCGUUCAGGAGAAGUUGAAUCUGGCCACAGCCUCCACCCACUGCCAUUCCCUGGGAGCCCAGCUGGCCACCGUGGGGCAGCUCUACCUGGCCUGGCAGGCCGGCCUGGACCAGUGUGAUCCCGGGUGGCUGGCUGACGGCAGCGUCCGCUACCCCAUCAACAUCCCAAGGAAGAACUGUGGUGGAGAUGAGCCUGGGGUGAGGACUGUCUACAACAACCCCAACCGUGCUGGCUACCCCGACACCACAGCUCUGUUUGACGCCUACUGUUACACAGCCCGUCAGCCAGCAGGGGUCCAGGCUGCAGCAUCACAGACUUUGUACCAGACCACCAUCCCAGCAGCAGAGGACAUCUCCUCAGUCGCUGAGGCUCAGCAUGGUGCUCCUUUAUCAAAGACUUCUAUCUGGACUAGUCUAGUUGAUUUGUAUGACCCAGAACUCAAUUCCACUGCAGGAAUGACCAACUCUUCUGAGAUCUCUGAGGACCAGGUAGUUAGGUAUUUAAAGUCAGUAGAGAGCUGGGAUAAAAAACAAGAUGGACCCAAAAAAAUAAAGCUCAUCCAGGAGGAACCUGAUGACAAAAAUCACAACAAUACCUCAGCCUCAUCUAACCACGGAGGGUCUGCUCACAAGGACGAAGACCAAGGACAUUUUAGAUCUACGCUACCCCCUGUAAUGACUUCCUCUCCCCAGUCUCAGACCAGCAACAGUGUAAUGGCUAAGUUUGUUAACUCUCUGAUGAAGCCCUUUAAGUACUUGAGAGAAACUGAAGGUGUGGAGAACACUGAAAAUAAAUCUCCAGAGUAUGUAGAAAUAACAGGAGAGAACCAGAGUGUUCCAAAACUCACUGGAAUGGAUAACGCCAUCAUGGAGCACAGGAGUCGUAGUUCUUCUUUCAGGGCUCCUACCAGUGGACGACAGAGUCCAGAAGAGGGUCUGUCUGUGCAGGAGAAAGAGAUGACACCACUGGUUCGAUUAGUGCCUGCAGUCCAAAUCACAGGGCAAAGAGACACCAGCACUCAGCCAGGAGAACGAGCCUCCAUCACCUCUGCUGACCACGGUACAUCUGCUGUUAAUGGCUUCACUGCAUCAGGUCCCAAUGAGAGAUCACCCCCCAGUGAGCAUGUCAACAUAUCCAAACCUCAGGGUCCUGGGGGAAGCUCAACCAGCAGCUAUUUUCAUUGGACCAUCAAGUCAAUGCUCGGUCCCAAAGUAGGGCCGCCAGGAAAUGUGGCCCAUGUGGGCAAACGCCCCACCUGGGAACCUAUGGAGGCCAAAGCAGGACCUCUCGAGGUAAUCCCACUGCCCAAUUCCCUUAAACAGGACAAUCAUGAAAACUAUUUAGGACAGGAGAGGGAACAGGACAGAGAUGAUGCUAACACUCCAUCAGCUGCCAGAAAUACAUCAGGGGAGGAGAGGGAAGAAGAGGGGAGUGGAGAAGGGAACAACUUCCCUGCUGGGUUUGGAUUCAAGCUCAACAACAUGGACAGCAGUGGUGUCAAACUGAGCCAAAAAGAGACUUCACUAGGCCAAACAGAGACUCUGUCCAGUUGGCAGCUGUUCCAACAACCCACCACCACACCUCAGAGCUCCCAUGACACAGCAGAGGAGGCCAAAGGAGAGAUCCUCUAUGUCUACAGGCCCACAGAGAACCUAUCAUCUGCGUCUUUACAAAGAGAAAAGGGUGGUUCAAGUUUUGCGUCAGGAGGAACAAAACAGGUGUGGAAUGAAAAGGAGGCGUCUUCUUCUCCUGAAGCUUUAGCGGAGGUACUGACGACCGCUGAGCUGACCAUAGUGGAGCCUCUGACAACCACAGAUACUAAGAGGACAGAUCCUACCACCACAGCAACAUUGGAAAAUCCUUCAGAUAAAGCCACCACCGAGUAUCCAUCAAGUUCUAUUUUUAGGGAGGAGAAGAAACUUUCAGGCAACCCCUCAGCUUCUCAAACACCAAGUGAAGAAUCUCAGACAUUUACAGGGGUCAUUUUGCUUGCAACCUUUGCCUCCGACUCUAAUGGUGCAACAGAAAUGGAGUCCAGGUCUGCAGUGACUGAGUCUUUCAUUGCUGGAAGUCGGAGGACUCCUUUCAAAGUCAGCACAAAAUCAGAGGAAAAUAAAUCAACUGUUACAGCAGACAAGAAAGACACCAAAACAUCUAACAACCCCUUUGGAUUUCUUGUGCCCGACUGGGCCUUUGGACUCAUCCCCUCAGUUGAUAAUAACCCCUGCCAGGCCAAACCGUGUCUGCAUGGGGGGAGCUGCCUGCAGGAAGGAGACGGCUAUAGCUGCUACUGUCCUGCCGGCUUUUCUGGAGAGAGCUGUGAAAUCGACAUUGAUGACUGUCAGUCUAAUCCAUGCCAGAAUGGAGGAACCUGCAUUGAUGAGAUCAACUCUUUCGUCUGUCUUUGUCUACCCAGCUAUGGAGGAGCUACCUGUGAGAGAGACACUAAAGGCUGCGAGCACACAUGGAGGAAGUUCCACGGUCACUGCUACAGGUACUUCAGUCAGAGACACACCUGGGAGGAUGCUGAGAAGGACUGCAGGGAGCACAGCGGACACCUAGCCAGCAUCCACAGUCUGGCAGAGCACAAUUUCAUCAGAGGAAUGAGCCAUGACAACACCUGGAUUGGGUUAAAUGAUCGCACAGUGGAGGAAGACUUUCACUGGACAGACAAGACAGACCUGCUUUAUGAAAACUGGCGUGAGAAUCAGCCUGACAACUUCUUCGCUGGAGGAGAAGACUGCGUGAUUCUGAUUGCUCAUGAGAACGGCAAAUGGAACGAUGUACCCUGCAACUACAACCUUCCCUACGUCUGCAAGAAGGGAACAGUGCUUUGCGGACCCCCACCAACUGUAGAAAAUGCCUUCAUCAUUGGUCGAAAGCAUUCCCACCAUGAUGUUCACUCUGUGGUGCGCUACCAGUGUGCUGACAGCUUCCUGCAGCGCCAUGUGCCCACUGCCAGGUGUCGAGCCAACGGCACGUGGGAGAGGCCAAAAAUCAUGUGCACAAAAUCCCGACGAGCACACCGUCACCGGCGCCACCACCACAAGGGGAGGAGGGAGCACAGGAAGCACAAGAGGCAUGGCCACAGAGAGGGAGGACACCACAGAGGAGAGGGGCAGAGCCACAACCGCACCCACUUUUAAACCAAAAAAAACGUUCCUUUAGCUAAAUCUUCAGCGGCCAACUGCAGUU